ACCCCAAACCCUAACCCUAACCCUAACCCUAACCCUCCUCUCCCUCCCAAAUUCCUAUAAAUACCCACUCUCCCCUUCCCUUCUUCCAUAUCACUUGACGCAUCUUCCUCGCAGUUUCGCUCUGCUUCUCCGUUUCUUCAAAGAUGAAAAUGGCUGUUUGUGGGUACUUCUUCUUGGUGGGUUUUCUUGCAAUGGCGUCCUCUGUCCACGGUUAUGUCGGUGGAGGUUGGGUUAAUGCGCACGCCACUUUCUAUGGCGGUGGUGAUGCUUCAGGCACCAUGGGUGGGGCUUGUGGUUAUGGGAACUUGUACAGUCAAGGUUAUGGAACAAACACUGCUGCUCUGAGUACUGCCUUGUUCAACAAUGGCUUGGCUUGUGGGUCUUGCUAUGAGAUUAGGUGUGUGAAUGACAAGAAAUGGUGCCUCCCUGGUUCAAUCUUGGUUACGGCCACUAAUUUCUGCCCACCAAAUAGCAAUGGUGGAUGGUGCAACGCUCCCCAACAACACUUUGAUCUCUCUCAACCUGUCUUCCAACACAUUGCCCAGUACAAAGCCGGAAUUGUCCCUGUUGCCUACCGAAGGGUACCCUGUAGGCGCAGAGGGGGCGUUAGGUUUACAAUAAAUGGGCACCAAUACUUCAACCUGGUUCUGAUCACCAACGUUGGGGGUGCUGGUGACGUCCACUCUGUGUCAAUCAAGGGGUCGAGAUCAGGUUGGCAGGCAAUGUCAAGGAACUGGGGCCAGAACUGGCAGAGCAACAGCCUUCUCAACGGACAAGCCCUCUCAUUUAAGGUCACCACCAGUGAUGGUCGUACUGUUGUGUCCUACAAUGCUGCCCCUGCUAAUUGGGCCUUUGGACAGACCUACUCCGGAGCCCAAUUCCUCUAGGGCCCAGUCUGAUAUAUAUUAGUAGAUUUAGAUUUGGGAAAAAACUAGUAUGAGUAUUAGAGUACUAGUUAGUCUUAUAGACAUUUUAGAGUGGUCAAAAUGAGAAAGGAUUGUUUUAUGGAGGUCCCUUUUAUCAUUUUGAAUUUAAUUGGGGGUGGGAGGGUCCAUCUUUUGUUGUGCGGUGGAGUCCUCUUUUUUUUACCCUUGGCAGAGGUGGGACUUUAACAGUUUAACCACCCGCUAAGCUUAGUAUUUACCUUUAGUAGAAUUUUUAGGGACUUCUGUUUUCUACGGUGAUGGUAACUGUAGUGUAAACAGCUUGUGCUGUGUGUGUAUUUCACAGUUGGUCUCUGAUUUGAGACACAAUUGUAAAAUUUCAUGCCUUAUUUACUAGUAAUGGUAAAAUGAUACCAGGGUUUGUUAUUUCUUACA